AUGUGGUCGAUCUUUGCACAAGUCGAGUGCGAGUGCUCAUCGCGAGUCCAUGCCCACCGACGAUCGUUCUAUUUCAUGGAACGAGGAUUCCCAUGGAAGAGGCCAGCGAAGAACAACAGCGCGGCGAGACGAUUGCCAUUUUCAUUACGGUCUCCCAGUUCAAAUCCAGUUCAAAUUAAUUUAAUUCAGAUUCAGAUCCUGCAUUUCUCUUCUGUGGCUUUCCGAGUUUUGAAUUGGCAGUUGCUGAUGCCAAUGGGAUUUGGCGCAGAUCGCGGAGGCGAUGAAUGCCCAGACGAGGUGACAGGAUCGCGCAAGAAUCGACAAGAUGGACGAGAGAUAGGUACACAACAUAACCAACACCGCAGCAUUUUGCGACGGAACCUUCUGCCCGCGAAUGACGAUUGUACCGUCAUUUAUCUGUCGUACGUCGCUACUUCCGCUCUUGGUCUUCUGCAGAGCAAUUACAUAGAAUUUGAUGCGCUCUGCAGCUUCCAAAAGGGCAGCAAUUCAGCCGUCUGUGGACACUGUUCUCGCAUUGUGAAUACACAGUCUGAGACAGUCUCCAUGGCGAGUCGCGCGUGUAUCAACUUGGCUAAGAAUCGAAGGCGUACUGAGGAACCUAAGAUUUGA